AUGCAAAACAAUACGAGCAAUAGCUUUUUGAUGGGGGUAUAUAUAUGUGGAAGAAUAAUUUUAGAAUCUUAGCAAACAAAAUUGGAAUUAUAAUAAUUGAAUCUUAGAUACUAUUAGUGAAAUGUCAAGUACAUCUAAUUCACUAGAACGGAAAUCCAAGUAUGAGGAUUCGAACUCAGUUACUGAGUUCGUACCCUCUGCGGAUCAAAGUUCUGUACAUCAAUACGAGGGAUUCGACGAUGCCACAAAUGAUAUCAAGGAGUUGGCAAGAACCAUGUCUAAUAUCAGUAGACAACAGACUAAUAAGACUAAAGGUAGUGAAGAUUUGAUUCGUUAUUUAUCUCACAUGUCGCAGGUGCCAGGUAUCGAGCCUUAUAAUAAUGAAAUUGACGAAACCUUAAAUCCGGAUAGCGACAAUUUCAAUGCUAAAUAUUGGGUGAAAAAUUUAAGAAAAUUGCACGAUUCAGACCCUGACUAUUACAAACCAUCGUCUUUGGGAAUUGCUUAUAGGAACUUGAGGGCAUCGGGGGUCGCUGCUGACUCCGAUUACCAGCCCACUGUGGACAAUGCAUUAUACAAGUUAGGAGGUGAGGCAUACAGAUAUUUGCAAAAAGACGAUCCUUCUCGUUACUUCGAUAUAUUAAAGAGCAUGGAUGGUAUCAUGAGGCCGGGUGAAGUCACCGUUGUCUUGGGUAGACCAGGUUCUGGUUGUUCCACAUUAUUGAAGACAAUUGCGUCUCAAACAUACGGGUUCAAAAUUGGCGACGAGUCCAGGAUCUCGUACGAUGGUUUAACUCCAAAAGAUAUAGAGAAUCAGUUCAGAGGUGAUGUCGUGUAUUCUGCUGAAACCGAUACCCAUUUCCCUCACUUAACUGUGGGAGAUACCUUAGAAUUCGCAGCUAAAAUGAGAACACCCCAGAACAGAGGUAACAUUGGUAGAGAGACCUAUGCCAAGCAUAUGGCGUCUGUAUUCAUGGCCACAUAUGGUUUAUCACAUACUAGAAAUACCAAUGUCGGUAAUGAUUUUGUGAGAGGUGUUUCAGGUGGUGAACGUAAGAGAGUUUCCAUUGCUGAAGUUUCGUUGUGUGGAUCUAACAUUCAAUGUUGGGAUAAUGCCACUCGUGGUUUAGAUGCGGCAACUGCAUUAGAAUUUAUUAGAGCAUUGAAGACAUCAGCUACGAUUUUAGACGCUACACCAUUAAUUGCCAUUUAUCAAUGUUCUCAAGAUGCAUACGAUUUAUUUGACAAUGUUGUUGUUUUGUAUGAAGGACACCAAAUCUUCUUCGGUAAGGCAGAUGAAGCCAAGGAUUAUUUCAUUAAUAUGGGAUGGGAAUGUCCACAAAGACAAACUACAGCUGAUUUCUUAACAUCGUUAACCAAUCCAGCAGAAAGAACCCCAAGACCUGGAUUUGAAAAUAGUGUUCCUUAUACUGCUAAAGAAUUCGAAACCUACUGGACGAAUUCUCCACAAUACAAGAAAUUGGUUGAAGAUAUCGAAGAAUAUUUCCAGAAGACUGAAGGUGGUCACCACGGACAAGAAUAUCACCAAGCACACGUUGCAAGACAAUCUAAUCAUAUUUCUCCAAAGUCUCCAUUCACAGUUUCGUUCUUUAUGCAAACUAGAUAUAUCAUGGGUAGAAACAUUUUGAGACUAAAGGGUGAUCCAUCUAUUGCUAUUCAAUCGAUUUUUGGUCAAGCAGUUAUGGGUUUAAUUUUGUCAUCGGUUUUCUACAAUUUACAGCCUAUAACAGAUUCUUUCUAUUAUAGAGGUGCUGCUAUGUUUUUUGCUGUUUUGUUUAAUGCGUUUUCUUCCUUAUUAGAAAUCAUGUCGUUAUUCGAAGCAAGGCCUAUCGUUGAAAAGCACAAACAGUAUGCAUUAUAUCGUCCAUCUGCUGAUGCGUUGGCGGGUAUUAUCACUGAAUUGCCUACCAAACUUUUGAUGUCUAUGAGUUUUAAUUUUGUAUUUUACUUUAUGGUACAUUUUAGACGUGAUGCAGGGAGAUUUUUCUUCUACUGGUUAAUGUGUUGUAUGUGUACCUUAGUGAUGUCACAUUUGUUUAGAUCCUUGGGUGCUGUCUCUAACUCUUUAGCGGGUGCUAUGACACCAGCUACGGUUUUAUUGUUGGCCAUGGUUAUUUUCACUGGUUUCGUUAUUCCAACUCCAAACAUGUUGGGCUGGUCUAGAUGGAUUAAUUAUAUCAACCCGGUUGCAUAUGUGUUCGAAGCGUUAAUGACUAACGAGUUUAGUGGUCGUGAUUUUGAAUGUUCACAAUUUGUUCCGUUUGGUCCAACUUAUGAAAACAGAAAUAGUAUUCAUCGCGUUUGUUCUACCACUGGUAGUAGACCGGGUUCAGAAGUUGUUCGUGGUUCAGAGUAUCUUGCCACGUCUUAUCAAUACUAUGCUUCUCAUAAAUGGAGAAAUUUCGGUAUUACUGUUGCUUUCGUAAUAUUUUUCUUAUUCAUCUAUAUUGGAUUGACUGAAUUUAACAAGGGUUCCAUGCAAAAGGGGGAAGUUGCAUUAUUUUUGAAGAGUUCAUUGAAAGACCAAAAGAAGAAAUCGGAUAA